AUGGGCAACAUUUGUCCUGGUGAUGCCGAGAUGCGCUUCAAGGACGUCCAUCUGGCCGACUUCCGGAACACGGUUUCUGCCAACAGCGAGUAUGCCGUGAACGGCUACCCGCUAGGGGCACCCAUGUUUCGAAGCCCAGAGACAACCCUGAUUUUGCGCUUCGGGCCCCCAGCCGAUCUCAUCUCCCUCCUCUACGGCGAAGCUUCGACGUCUUCCGGUCCGAUGUUCCAGUGA